AGAUAUGAAUAACUCGAGCGUAUGGGCAGAUAGACGUCUUCGUCAUGCUAUCAUCAACAUUCUCUUCGAAUAUGAAGCUUGUCACGUGUGAAGACAGUAUUUUCCAUCAAUGAAAUGGGAUUUACCGGCACGAGGGAAGUGUCGUGGGACAGUACAGUUGGAAAAUCCACCUCUUAAUACUUGAACGCGUUUGUUUUUAUUAUCCAUGGAGUCUGUUGGGAAGUUUGAGUUCAACAGGAAAGACCUGAUUGGUCACGGCGCCUUUGCAGUUGUGUUCAAAGGCAGACAUAAAGAGAAGCGUGACUGGGUAGUUGCUGUGAAAUGUAUCAACAAGAAAAACCUGGCCAAAUCUCAGUCUUUGCUUGGCAAAGAAAUCAAAAUAUUGAAGGAGCUGAAACAUGAAAACAUUGUCAGACUACUUGACUAUCAGGAAAUGGGAGGAUGUGUAUAUCUCGUCAUGGAGUACUGCAAUGGCGGUGACCUGGCAGAGUACCUUCACUCUAAGGGCACGUUAAGUGAGGACACCAUCCGAGUAUUCCUGCAGCAAAUGAGUCAGGCCAUGAAGGUCCUGCAGAGCAAAGGCAUCCUCCACAGAGACCUCAAACCCCAGAACAUCUUGCUCUGCCACCCAGAGGGGCGCAGGUCCAGCCCCAUCAAUACCUGCAUUAAGAUAGCUGACUUUGGGUUUGCACGUCAUCUCCAGACAAACACCAUGGCAGCCACACUGUGUGGCUCUCCCAUGUACAUGGCUCCUGAGGUCAUCAUGUCCCAGAACUAUGAUGCCAAGGCUGAUCUGUGGAGCAUCGGUACUAUUGUGUACCAGUGUCUGACUGGAAAGGCCCCAUUUCAUGCCAGCACACCGCAGGAACUUCGUCUGUAUUAUGAAAGCAACAGGACCCUCUUACCCAGCAUCCCAAAGGAGACUUCUAGUACCCUAAGACACUUACUGUUGGGGCUGCUGCAGAGAAACCACAAAGAUCGGAUCGGCUUUGAUGAGUUUUUCCACCAUCCUUUCCUUGACACAAGCUCAUCCACAAAAAAAUGCCUUCAAGGCCAAGUGCUCCCCUACCCCAGUUCAGGCUCGGCCAGUUCCUCUGGCAGCUCCUCCACAUCCCAUCCAGCCUCCCCUCAACAUUCCGAUGGAGAAAUGCACCGACUUCAGCCCAAAGCACGGUAUUCCCCUACACAGGACAACCCGGGCUUCCUGCUGAAAGAAAUAGCCAAUCAAGACAGUAGGAAAACCUCAUCCUACACAGAGGACUACGUUAUGGUGCCUGCCCAGUUUCCAAGUGAAUGCACAUGUGAGGUUGAAGUUGGGUCACCCAUUGAGAGUUGCCUGAUAUACAGUGGGAGUUCACUGCUGGUUGAAAGAGGUUCCAGAAACGCAGGAAAGACACCUCCACCCUCUCCCCUGCUCCACUCUCCCUCCAAGCCUGUUAGCAAGCCUGUUGGAAUCAAUGGCCCUAGGUUCAGCCCCUCUGUGCCCAUUCCUGUCCCAACUCAAAUCCACAACUACCAGCGUAUGGAGCAGAACCUGCAACCUAGCGGCCUGCAUGGCUCCACCAGGGUCACACUCUGCUGUGCUGGCAGCGGCUCCCCACAAUGUGGAGGCUGCAGAGCUCCAAGUCCAGGGUUUGUCCUCAACUCAACUCCCCCUGAACUGGCAACUGGAGGAGCCCAACCACAACAGUCCUCCCCACCAGUGGGAAUGACCCCAAAGAACUCGGAGCAGACUCUCCCGUUUAGUACAAGAACUGGAGUGCUUGCUGGCUCUCCUGACAAUCAGGUCACCUCCAAUCCCAAGCAGGUUCAAUCAAGAAUGCUAAACCGCAUCAGGACUGUCCCAGACCUGAAAUCCCUUGAUCCAUCUGCUGCUUCCCAGACCAACCUCGGCAGGAAACCAGCUAAUAAAAAGGGCCCUUUUAAAAGAUCACUGAGCACAGGCCGGCUGUCUGACAUGCUACUGAAGGCGGCCUUUGGAGCUCACCUUCUUGAAGAGGAAAGCGAUGAGAGCCUGAACAGUGAGAAAGGCAUGGAUAUAACAGCUCCACCUACUGGUUAUCAUAGAGGCUUUCAGUGCUCAGACAGCCCACCUCCUGCAGUUUUCACAAUGGGUUCUCCAUCCAGAGGAAACACUCCUCCUGAUGCCGUGAUGUCAAGGAUGUUCUCAGGCUCCCCCAGCUACUGGCUACUGAACAGUCGCCUUCUCCAGGGAGGAUGUCGAAGAAACUUUGAGAGUGAAGCCAUGGACUCUACUCCUCACAGUAGCCUGGUCUUUCACCCUCCAGCGCUCCCAGAAGAUACACUGAUGGAGCCGGCUCAUACAGAUGCUCUGAGUGAGCUGCGUUUCACCUUGGCUUUUGUCCACUGUGUUAUGGAAUUGGCUUCUUCCAAGGACACAGGGCUGGAUGCCAUCAGCACUCCUGAUGUUUCCUUUCUAGAGCAGAGCUUGGUGACUGAUCAGAUCAGCCUUCUAAGUAAAGAAUGGAGCUAUGCAGAGCAGUUAGUGUUGUACAUGAAGGUGGAAGAGUUCCUGUCAUCAGCACUGCACACUGCUAGAGAGACUAUCAAACAAGGCCAACUGCUUCCCUCUGCUACAGUCAAACAAGUUAUCAGAAAGCUGAAUGAAUCCUACAAGAGCUGUGUCACAUACUGUCGCACCCUCAACAAUCGCCUGCAGACCUUCUUGCUUGACAAACAGAAGCUCAUGGACCGUUUUAAUGGACUCACAGCAGAGAAGCUCAUCUACAACCACACCGUGAACAUGGUACAGUGUGCUGCUCUAGAUGAGAUGUUCCAGUAUGGAACAGCAUCAAUCCAGCGUUACCACAAAGCCCUUUUGCUAAUGGAGGGUCUGUCCCGAAUCAUCACAGAGCAGAAGGACAUUGACAGCAUCGAUAAAUGUAAGCAGUGUAUUGAGCGACGCCUUUCUGCUCUGCAGACUCAACAGUAGCCAUGAGCUCUACAACUGCAACUGCAUUAUCUUGCCUCAUCCAUCCACAUUCAGUGUAGAUGGAUUCUCCAAGGCUGUCAGUAGACUUAAGCACUUUGAUCUGUCUUAAGGGAAAUGACCACUGGAGCAUCUGCUCUUAUCCCACCAGCCAGUCUCUAAUUUUUACAUAAAUGCACAGAAAAGACUGGAAGUCUCGUUUUUGGACAAGUUCUUGAAGACAGAUUGUGUCAUGAUUGUUUGAAUACUUUGAUCAGGUAAAUUGUUCUCAGUAUUUGUUUUGUUUUGUUACAGAAUGUAUCUGUUAGUGUGAUAGUGUUUAGUAGUUUGCACAUAGAGUACUCAAUUUAAAUAAUAACUGAUUGUUAAUGUGUUGUACUUGAAACAAAAAUUAUUUCAUUGUUUUCUCUAUUUGAAGCGUUGGUGUACUGUAAAAGCUCGCUGGCCAACAGGAGUCAGAAUGUUUUGGAUGAGAUGACCAAAUGUGUAGCAGUAAUAGUAAAAACUGUGCCUGCUUUUUUACAUUUUUCAUCACAGCAGAGUAGUGGAUGUAAUGAAAGUAUGCUUUGACCUCAUACAGAAUAAUUGUCUUACAGUACAAUGAGCACAUUUUAGACAUUUGAAUGAGAUUUUAGUUUGACAACUGAUCCAACAAAGCCCUCUGGCAGGUGAUGUACUCAGUCAUGAGUACUAUAACUGACGUGAACUGCAUGCCACAUUGUUUAAAUUUAUCUGCUGUUUGUUUGUGUGUAUGUGUGCACAAUAGUUUGUUUGUUUUUUCCAGCUGUUUGGAUAAUUGUAAAAAGAUUGGUAAUUUGUGAAUUAAUUUGUAUGUGAUUUCACCUCAUAGAACACUAGUUUAUUACAAACACUAAUUCAAUAUUUUGUGAAGAUGUUAGUGCUAAAACAGAAGUUCAUUAGAACAUAUCAAGUUGCCUUUUCUACUUUUAUUUUAUGACAGUCAAAUUUGCCAAAUGAAUUGUUACACACUGUUUGAUGAAAAUAAAUAAUAUUUAUUGC